AUUCCAUUUCCCUUUUUUAACCGUUGGUUUAAUGUGAUAUCUCGAGGAGGUUUGCGGUGAGCUCGGGAACCUAGCAACCGGUCUGUCACAGUAACCAUAGUAACCAUAGUAACUGUUAAAGUUGGGCCGUUCCCGGUACGUUGUGACAUUGUGAGGUACGAUGGACGCAAAGCAAGACGAAAGUGCGGCUAAACUAGUAGCGCGCUCGUUGAAGGCUUUAAUGAUGACUAACAGCCCGCAAAGCAACACCAACCUUUAUGACCACCUCACCUUGUUGCUGAUGAAGGUGAUGGAUGAGCAUCCACGUGAUGCAGUGGAUGUGAUUGAGGACAUAAGCCACGAUGUGAAGCUGAGGUUCUCUGAAGACAAGCAAGACUUCCUGCGAGACGUUCCAGACACUACAGCUGCUGAGCUGUUAGCCGAGCAGCAGAGCCUGCUGUUUGGUCGGUCAGAAGAAGAUGAACAGGAGGAGCACCUGAUGGAAACACUUCACCCUGAUGUGAGAGAGGUGGGCUUCUACCUGGAGCAGGCUGGAGUGGGGCUGGGCAGAGAGGAGAUGCAGAGGAUUUUCCUCGCACUGAAGCAGCUCGUUGAGUCCCAGGCUCUGCUGGGCUGCCGCCUGUGGGGAAAGAUUCUUGGGACAGAGAAGAUUUUUUCAGACCACAAAGAAACAUAUCACCAUAUAUUUAUCAGGGAAAUUAACAUUGUUUUUCUGGUCUCGUUGUGGCUUUGCUUUCAGAUGGAUCCCCUUCCUCAGUCAACCUACAAACCCCCACCAGCAGUACCAAAGGAAGCCCUGGGAACAGGCGCAAACAAGUGUGUUUAUUACGUGUGCAAAGAGCCUGGUGAUUCUUGGGUAAAGCUCCCUUCAGUCAGUCCGGCACAAAUUACUGUCGCUCGCCUGAUCUAUAAAUUCUUCACUGGGAGGCUGGACGCCCCAGUUGUCAGCUACCCCCCUUUCCCCGGUAAUGAAGGCAACUACCUGAGAGCACAGAUUGCUCGGAUCUCUGCUGGCACCCAGGUCAGCCCCAGGGGCUUCUUUCGGGCUAGAGAGGAGGAAGGUGAUGAGGAAGACGAGGUGGCCCAGGACAGCGUUGAAGUGAAUCCUGACUUUGAGGGCAUUCCUGUUUCUGAGAUGACGUCUUUGUCCACCUGGGUGCACGUGCAUCAGCACGUUCUGCAGCAGGGCCGCUGUACUUGGGUAAACCUGGCCAGGAAAACAGGAGAAGACUCUAAUGAGGAAGAAGAGGCUGAAGAGAAGGAAGAGCCUGAUGAACCUGAGCCAGAAGUCGGACCCCGUCUGUUGGAUCCCCUCUCCAAAGAUUCAGAAAUGUUCAACAUUCCUCCCUGGACUUCCAAGGUGUCCUCCACACUUACCUUGCAGCAUGCAGUAGCUGUUCAACGUUCUAACCUCUGGCCAGGGGCGUAUGCAUACGCUUGUGGAAAGAAGUUUGAGAACAUAUAUGUUGGAUGGGGUCUGAAGUAUGCAGGGGAGGGUUACAGCCCACCGUUACCCCCGCCACCACAGAAAGAAUAUCCAAGCGACAAGAAACAAGUCAUCGAGGCCCUCGACCCAUCUCUGGAGGAGGAACAGUUGCAGAGAGAAGCUUUGGAGGAGCAGCGUGCUGUCCAGGAAGAGAUGGAAGACAUGGAUGAUGAGGACGAGGACGAGGAGGAUGAGGACGACUAAAAGCAGUUUUCACAUUAUUCAAGUAUUUAUUUUUGUAAAUUAAGGGCCAAAUAAAUCUAUUUACUCAGCAACAUCACUUGUUAUCACUAAGUUAAUCAGCUGAAGAGUUCAGUUGUGUCAAGAUUUAGCAACGACAGUCCACAUGUUAAAAGUAUCCUGGGGAUUUCAGUACUAAUAGUAGCACUUUGGUGUUUUACAUACAAUAUGAUGGUUAUUUUCCUGUGACUUUACCGACAUGUUAUAGAGGGAGGGGACU